GGUUAACGGAGGAUAGGGUUUAGGGUUUGGAGAAAAGUGUUCAGCUUUCGUGAUUUUUUUUUGAAUUAGGGGAAAUUGUGAUAUCUUGUUUGUAUUGCUGUAUCCUUUUUUUCUUGUUAAUUCAAUUCUCUCUGAUUGUUAUUGAGUUGUUGGCUGAUCAAAAACUGUAUGUUAGUGCUCUUUCGUUGUUGGGAGUUAUCUUGCCUAUUGAGAUGCCUUCCUGCUGUUACGUGUUCUCUAGGAUCUUUCGUACCUUCUAGCUUGCGCUUGUUAGGACAUGGGUUCUUUUGAGGCCUGUAAUAAGGUGUUGUUUUUGGAUCUGGUUGCUUAUUUGUCUCAGCAUCUUGGGACUAAUGUAAAGCUUUUAAAAAGGACUGCUUUCAUUUGGAUGGGAAGUCUCUGUGGUUAAACUACAUUAGUGAUAUGGAGGCACAAAUUCAUCUACUUGAGCAGGAAGCAUACACCGCUGUUUUAAGGGCUUUUAAAGCGCAGUCUGAUGCUAUUUCUUGGGACAAAGAAAGUCUGAUAACAGAUUUGCGUAGAGAACUAAGGGUAUCUGAUGACGAACAUCGAGAGCUUCUGAGCAGGGUCAAUAAGGAUGAUACCAUUCAACGGAUAAGAGAUUGGAGACAGGGAGGCGGAAGCCAAGUCCCUUCUAGACAUGCAACUAAUCAGGGUUUUGAUGUUGUUCCUAGUCCAACUUUCUCAGCUUCCCGGAAGAAACAGAAGCCAUUUCAAUCUUAUCCAUCAUUUGGUGCGGCUGGGAAUAGGUCAUUCAAUAGUCGUGUUGUAUCCGGUGGCAUUUCAGCAAAUGAAUCUGCCGAAGCACUUAUCGGAAGAAAAGUGUGGACAAAAUGGCCUGAAGACAACAACUUUUAUGAAGCAAUUAUAACCCAGUACAACGCAGCUGAGGGUCGGCAUGCUUUGGUGUAUGAUAUACACGCAGCAAAUGAGACGUGGGAAUGGGUUGAUCUCAAGGAGAUUCCUCCGGAAGAUAUAAGGUGGGAUGGAGAGGAGAGUGGGGUAGCUUUAAACGCUGGACUUGGAAGUGGAUCAAUCCGUGGCAACAGAAGGAACUACCAAAGCAAUAUUGGUAGAGGGAGAGGACCAAGAAUUCAUCAACCGAGAAGAGAAUUUUUACCAACACAACAGAAUGGUGGUGGUGGUGGUGACCGGAUAACUUCAUCUGAUGAUAUUGAAUUGUUCAACACUGAUUCGCUUGUGAAGGAGGUGGAGAGAGUUUUCGAUACUGCUCAUCCUGAUCCUUUUGAGCUUGACAAGGCCAAGAAAAUGCUCAAGGAACAUGAACAGGCGCUUAUUGCUGCCAUUGCAAGGCUUGCGGAUACUUCUGAUGGUGAGCUCGAUGGAGAUCCACCAGAUUCGCAUGACCAUCCAAUGGCACAGGGAUGAUGGAAAAGCUGUCUGUAAUAUUAAUGGUGUUUGGUUGUCAUCUCUGGAUUUAGAAAUAAACAAUGUUGGUAACCUGACAAAGAAGAUGGGAGAUUAGUCAAGUGUUGUUUCAAAGUGUGAUGAGCAAAAUGUAAGAAAGAAUUGUUAGGAAUGGGGGAUUAAGUAGGAUUGAGGCUGGUGUAUGCACAUGAUUUGUCUGAAGGAAAAAAUGUAACCUGUGAGACUACUAUUGACCCAUGUAAAUUUCCCUGUAGACAUGCCAUAAAAAAUGCACAGAGCUUUUUGUGUUCUAAAAA